AUGGCGUCCCGUCUUCUUGUCUCUGGCCUCCCCCGGUCCCUCCCUCCCCUUCCUCCGGGGCCUGCCCCCACCUGCGUUCCCUGCGUCGAGGGGCGGCAGCGCGCUGCCCCUCACUCCUCCGAGUUUCCUCCGACAGAGGCUCCGCUGCAGACGCUUCACAUGGACGUGUGGGGCCCAGGCCACGUCCGUGGACAGGGUCAGGAGCGUUACUUCCUGCUGGUGGUUGACGACUACUCGCGUUACACCGCAGUCUUCCCCUUGCGCAGCAAGGGUGAUGUCACUGAGAAUGGGAUUGCUGAGCGCCGCAUCGGCAUGGUCAUGGACGUCGCUCGUACGUCCAUGAUCCAUGCGGCUGCUCCCCAUUUUUUGUGGCCGUUUGCGGUUCGGUACGCGGCGCAUCAGCUCAACCUUCACCCCCGGGUCUCCAUGCCGGAGACCUCCCCUGCUUUGCUGUGGACGGGGAAGGUUGGUGAUGCGUCGCGUUUCCGGGUCUGGGGAUCUAGGGCGUUUGUCCGCGACUUGUCUGCGGACAAGCUGUCCUCUCGUGCUGUUCCCUGCGUCUUCCUUGGCUUUCCCCCUGACGCGCCAGGCUGGCAGUUCUACCACCCCACCUCGCGCCGUGUCUUCGCGUCCCAGGACGUCACCUUUGACGAGUCGGUUCCCUACUACCGUCUCUUCCCCUACCGCACUGCGUCCCUCCCUCCCCCGCCGCUCUUCCUUACGCCAUGUCCUCCUCCGGUAGACCCCCUCCCCCCUCAGGGUCCUGCUCCCUCAGGUGUGUCCCAGGUAGAUGCAGUUGAGCCAGUCGAGGUAGCUGUUGACUCUGGUGCUGCUGGUGGUGCUGAGCCUGGGGGUGCUGGGUCUGGGGGUGCUGCGACUGGGGGUGCUGAGCCUGGGGGUGCUGAGCCUGGGGGUGCUGGGCCUGGGGGUGCUGAGCCUGGGGGUGCUGCGCCUGGGGGUGCUGCGCCUGGGGGUGCUGAGCCUGGGGGUGCUGAGUCUCGGAGUGCGGAGCCUGAGGGUGCUGGACCUGCUCGUCCGGCGUCUGGUGGUGCUGAGCCUGACAGUUCUUCGGGUGCUUCGUCCCGGCGGGAGCUGCUCUCUCCACAGGAGCUGCGUGAGUGGUUCGCCCGGCGCUGGCGACGUGCUGCUGGAGCUGGUGGUGCUGCAGGAGCUGGAGGUUCUACUGCUGCUGAGAGUGCUGGUGCCGAGGGUCCCAGAGGUGCUCGUACCGAGUGUACUGGAGCUGCUGGCCCUACGAGUGCUCCUCCUGCUGGAGCUGGUGGUGCUGCUGGUGCUGCUGGCGUUGGUGCUGCUGGUGCUCCUGGAGCUGGAGCUGCUGGUGCUGCUGGCGUUGGUGCUGCUGGUGCUCCUGGAGCUGGAGCUGCUGCGUCUUCGGGUGGUCCGGCUGGAGCUGGAGCUACUGGGGGUGUUGGCGCUGGGGGUGCUCCUGGCGCUGGUGCUGCUGAGGGUGCUGGAGUUGGAGCUGCUGGAGCUGGGGGUCCUCCUGGUGCUGGUGCUCCCGCUGGGGGUGCUGGUGCUGUUCCUGCUGGCACUGGUGGAGCUGCGCGGCCACGGCCGUACUUCGUUCCGCUCCUUGAGCAGGUUCUUGGUCUUCCGUCCUCUCUUGGUCCUGCUCCUGCCUUAGAGUGUCCGCCUCCUGUCCAGUCUGAGUCACAGUUACAGCCACCUUCCCCGCUUCCUUCUCCUUCUCCCUACACUGGUCCUACUGGAGGUCUUGCUGAGCGUCGUGAGCCUGCGCCUCGCCCUGCGUCGCCUGACGGCGCUGCUCGCACUAGUGGUCGUGGUUCCCGUCAGCGUCCUCCCCCUGUCCCCGGUACGCACCGGAUGUCUCUGCGUCCUUCCACUGCUCCUCUGCGUGCCCCUUUGCCUUCUCCUCCCGCGUCCUCUCUUCCUGACCUUCCUGACCCUGAGUCGGACUCCCUUCGUGCGGCGCGUCCUACUGUCACGCGUCUCCUUGCUACUGUUGUCACUGACCCUUCCUUUGAGUCCUCUGCUGCGUCUGCUCUGGUUGCUGAGCUUGUCGACUUCGCUGCCCGCUGUCGCCUAGACUACGCUGCCAGUCUCGCAGGAGGAGUUCCAGUGCUUGGCUGCUGCUUCACCUCAUCUCGUGUCCAUGCACUUGACAUCCCGACUCCGCGCUCUUACGCGGAGGCGAUAGAGGGUCCCUACUCUUCUCAGUGGCAGGCAGCCAUGGACGCAGAGAUGGCUUCCUGGAAGUCCACAGGCACCUACGUUGACGAGGUUCCCCCGCCUGGGGCGAACAUUGUCAGUGGCAUGUGGAUUUUCAGGGUGAAGCGGCCGCCGGGUUCUCCGCCUGUCUUCAAGGCGCGUUACGUGGCUCGUGGCUUCAGUCAGCGGCAGGGAGUUGACUACUUUCAGACCUUCUCUCCCACCCCGAAGAUGACCACUCUUCGGGUACUGCUGCACAUAGCCGCUCACCGAGACUACGAGCUGCACUCUCUUGACUUCAGCACAGCUUUCCUGCAGGGCAGCCUGCACGAGGAGAUCUGGCUGCGCCGCCCACCUGGCUUCACUGGGACUUUUCCUCCUGGCACCCAGUGGAGCCUCCGGCGGCCAGUCUACGGUCUCCGCCAGGCGCCUCGUGAGUGGCACGACACACUGAGGACUACACUUGCGGCUCUUGGGUUUGCUCCUUCUACUGCCGACCCGUCGCUGUUUCUGCGCACCGACUCUUCCUUGCCGCCGUUCUACAUCCUCGUGUACGUCGACGACUUGGUCUUUGCUACAGCUGACACUGCUGGACUUGCCUACGUGAAGUCCGAGCUGCAGAAGAGACACACGUGCACAGACCUGGGUGAACUGCGCAGCUACCUUGGCUUGCAGAUCACCCGGGACAGAGCACAGCGCACCAUUACCCUGACUCAGUCACACAUGGUGCAGCAGGUCCUUCAGCGCUUCGGCUUCACGUACUCCUCGCCUCAGGCCACUCCUCUGCCUACACGCCACUCGCUCUCAGCUCUGCCUUCGGAUGAGUCCGUAGAGUCGAGUGGCCCGUACCCAGAGCUUGUCGGCUGCCUCAUGUACCUGAUGACCUGCACUCGACCUGACCUUGCAUACCCUCUUAGCAUUCUGGCACGCUUUGUUGCUCCUGGGAGACACAGACCAGAGCACAUGGCUGCAGCGAAGAGGGUGUUGCGCUACUUGUGCAGUACGUCGGGCAUGGGGCUUGUGCUUGGAGGGCAGAGUUCAGUGGUCCUCACUGGUCACGCAGACGCUUCUUGGGCUGACGACCAGGCUACGCAGCGGUCGUCACAGGGUUACACCUUCAGCCUUGGCUCCGGCUCUGUUUCGUGGCGGUCUACCCGCUCGUCUUCUGUUCUCGGCUCCAGUUGUGAGGCUGAGAUCUACGCCACAGCCAUGGCUGCACAGGAGUUACGCUGGCUCACCUACCUGCUGACUGACCUGGGAGAGCCGCCUCGUUCUCCUCCAGUGCUGUACGUAGACAACAAGGCCAUGCUGGCCUUGUGUCGGGAGCACAGACUGGAGCACAGAACGAAGCACAUCGCUCUUCGCUACUUCCUUGCUCGUGAGCUGCAGCAGCGUGGUCAGCUGCGCCUUGCUUACGUGGCCUCUGAGGCCAACACUGCUGAUAUCUUCACCAAGGCACUCGCGCCUUGUGAUCAUCAGCGCUUCUGUACUCUGUUAGGUCUUGUGCCUACCUUGCCUCACUUGCUUACUUCUUGA